UAGAGGGGCUUUUCCGCCAUUAAAGCAAUUGGUACCUCGGCGGGAAAACGAUAUAAGAUUCCAUCGUUCCUUCCGCGUGAUACUCCUUCUUUGAUCAAGUAUUACGUUUGUUAUACAACCAGAAAUUUUUAUAAAUCAGUUGGCCGUCCCGCAGCACCGGCUAAGUCGACGCCAUGGCAGUCCAACUUCGCCUCUACCAUCUAGCAUCCACAUACGCCAGAAUCCACAGCUGCCCGCUCUUUGGAACUCCUUUUCGAUCAUUCUUCUUCUUCAAUUCCCGUCUUCCUUUCCCUCCCGUACUCACUCCCCUUGCUAGAUCCUCAAACCGUAGCAUCUCCCAAACAUUCCUUGCAGGCGGCGGAAAUCCCGGUGGUCCUGGGAGCCGCGGCGGAGGUGACGGCGAUGGCGAUGCAUUCCAUGGCGAAAAGCCGGAGCGAUCGGAUUCAGUGGGCCCGAUCGGGCUUUUCGUUAGUGGCUGGCGAGCUAGGGUUUUGGCUGACCCCCAGUUUCCCUUCAAGGUUCUGAUGGAGCAAGUCGUAGGCGUCAGCGCUUGCGUGUUAGGUGACAUGGCUUCCCGUCCUAAUUUCGGCCUUAAUGAACUCGACUUCGUGUUUUGUACCCUCUUUGUCGGUUCUAUUGUCAACUUUGUCCUGAUGUAUCUCCUUGCCCCCACGGCUGCUGUCUCCUCUGCCGCGGUGGCCGCCACCUCUCUCCCUAGCUACAUGUUUGAGCCUGGGCCCUUCUCCGUAUUGGCGCGAAUCGGCACUUUCGCCUACAAGGGCGCGACCUUUGCUGCGGUCGGCUUCGCGGCUGGGCUUGCCGGGACUACGAUCUCGAAAGGGCUGAUCGCGUUGAGGAAGAUGCUGGAUUCAGAAUUCAAAACGCCUAAUAAGCCUCCGCCAACCGUUCUAAACGCUACUACUUGGGCGCUGCACAUGGGUUUAAGUAGCAAUUUGAGGUAUCAAACGCUUAAUGGAUUGGAGUUUGUGAUGGAGAAAGCGGUUUCUCCUGGAGCGUUCAGGAUGUCGGUGGUGGUGCUUCGAUGUUUGAACAACGUCCUCGGCGGGAUGUCUUUUGUGAUGCUCGCUAGGUUGACGGGGUCGCAGAAGGUGGAGGCAGUACUGGAGGAGAAGAUGGAAGAAAAAGAAGGCUUGAUGGGAGACCGAUUGGUGGUGGGGACGGCAGCUUCAGAAGAUGGAGAAACAGAGUUGCAGAUCAAAGAGUCUCAGAGUGAGUGAGUCUUUUACCGCUCUAGUUAUCAAAUUUGUUUGAAGGGUGAAAAUAUAUGCAGUUGUACAUUUUCUACUUCAUACUUUGGAGUAGGAAGUGGAGGGUUAAGACGUCUAGUUAUGAUUCCUCAUUGUUGUGAAAAUUUAAUUUUUCAAUAAUAAAUCUGGAACGCUGAAGUCUCCAUUAGCAUCA